GAUAGAGAGAAAAAGAAGUAUGGCCAGAAGAUAUCUUGAGACUGACGGAGGGAGACCCAAGAACAACCCAACAGAGGAAAACUGCAUUGCGCAUGAGUCUUCGAAUAUUUACGAAGCUGAUACCCAUUGGACAUCAUGGCUGGUUCCUAUGUGGUGGUUGCUAAUAUUGUUGUUUUUUGUUAUUUCCAUGGACCUCAACAAUUGUCUCAAAAAUAACUUCGGUCCCCAAUGUGGCUGCGUGGCUAAGUUCCUUGGAGGAUUCUCUUUCGAACCUAUGCAGGAGAACUGGUUCUCUUUUGAGCCUAUGCAGGAGAACUCAUUGCUAUCAUUGACUGAGAUGGGAGCCCUUGGGUGGGACAGUGCUGGGAACAGGCAUCAAGGAUGGAGACUGGACACUUGCAUGGGGUUAUACGUUGGAAUUAUUCAUUUGCUUGCUAUCAUGUUGAGUCUGGUAUUCAUUGGAAUUCGUCAGGAACAACAAUUUGGGUUUGGGAGGAUUGGAGUUAUAUAUUGGUGACUAUCUAGGAUUAAUAUACUGGGUUCAACCUUGAGGACAAGGUUGUUAAAGGAGAGGGAAGUAAUGUUAGGAAACUACUUGUAGUUAGGAAGAAGUCUGUAUAAAAGGGGUUGGGGUGCUUUGGGAGACUUUAGUUUUUGAGUCUUAUUCAUUGUGCUGGAACUCUUGGAGUUCUGUGGGGAGAGGUUAAGCUCUCUGAGUCACUUGUAUUCAACAUUCUUGAUUCUUUUGCAAUAAAGUGAGGCUGUACAAUUCAGAGGAAUUGUUCUGGUGUUUGUGUGUUGAGUGUUUCUAUAGGUUCUUGAUUAAAAAGAACCUAUCAACCUCUUAAUUUGGGGCCUCCUAUUAUUACGUUAUGGUUUGGAGAAUAUGUAUUCUUCCUGUCUCUAGGAAAUUGUGUUCAUCUAACUAAAACAAUAAAACCUGAAAACGACAAUAUAAGUUUUCCACAAUCCUUAAUUAUUGUUUAUAAUCUGUUCAUAGUAAAUCAAUUACAAGGUUGUUUUGUUGUUUGAGGAAGUUGGAGGAAAUGGAGAGGGAGACCAAGAAGGACAUAUGAGGAAUUUGUAAGAGGGAUCUCAUGGCAAACAAUAUCUCUUAAUAUUUAGCCUUUAGCCGAGCUUAAUGGUGUACAUAACCUUAACACUUUUGUAGUUGUAUUUAUUGUAUGAGGUCAUUGUCGUGUGUAGGUUAAAUGCUAGUGCCAAAUUUCUAAUUGUUAUAUUCCACUACUUUACUGUUGAUAACUGGAACUUCGUAUAAUCUGCUAGUUCAUUGUUUAAUUGGUUCUGAUGAUA